UUGCGUUAGCACAUGAGAGAUCAGCUGAUCGCCCUUUAGCUUUUGAUUUUAGUCGUGAGCUUUCAGUAUUAAAUGACGACAUCGCGUUAUUUCAGAGUAUAAACCAGAGAUUAAUCUGUAAUUUUUUCCAUGAUCUGUAGACAUGUAUUAUGUAGCAUGGCCGUUUGCGUGCCUUUAUGUUUUGGAUUUUCUGCAAUUUGGCGCAUUUGAAUUUGAAAUUAAGAGUCCUGGAGUUGACAGCAUCUUUUUGAAUGGGAAAUGGAACCUGAUGAACUCAAACUCAUCUUUCUCUCUCAGUGCAGAUGUACCCGGCUGUGUUCAUACAGCUCUGCAGCGUCAGGGAUUUAUUUCAGAUCCAUACUACCGGUUUAAUGAUCUGGUUUACAGAUGGAUUUCACUUGACAACUGGACUUACACUACAUCAUUCUCACUUCCUACUCAUGUCAGAGGGAAAGCGAAAGCCGUUCUAGUAUUUGAAGGAGUCGACACUGUCUCCACCAUUUCUCUCAAUGGAAUCAUCAUAGGAGAGACAGACAACAUGUUUCGUAGAUAUGAUUUUGAAGUUACUGGAUUACUCAAAGAUAAAGAAAAUCUUCUUCAAGUGUGGCUCACGUCAGCUGUGACUUAUGCUUCUCAGAGAAGCCAUGCCCACACUCAAUACAGGGUGCCACCUGACUGUCCUCCACCUGUACAGAAAGGAGAGUGCCAUGUUAACUUUAUUAGAAAGGCUCAGAACUCAUUCAGCUGGGACUGGGGUCCUUCUUUCCCCACUCUGGGCAUCUGGAAGGGUGUUCGUUUGGAAAUCUUUAACACUUUAAGGCUACAAAGUUUUACCACCAGUCCGAAAUAUGACCCAGAUCAUUCCAGUUGGAAUGUUGAAGUGGAACUGUUCUUCAAUGUUUUGGUCCUGUCUAAAGGCUUUGUACGUCUAUCCAUACCAUUAUUAGAUUCAGAGGCAGAAUUUCAGCUUUCUCUUACACCAGGACAGAGUAAAAAGUGUUUUGUUCUUCCGGUCAACAAGAAUGCCAGUAUCAUGUUUUGGUGGCCUUUCGGACAUGGCGAUCAGUUUCUCUAUGACAUGAACAUAGAGAUCAACUUGGAGGGUGGAGAGACAUUCAAUGCAGAGAGAAUGGUUGCUUUCCGCACUGUGGAGUUGGUCCAGGAGCCACUUCCCUCCUCCCCUGGCCUCAGCUUCUAUUUCCGAAUUAAUGGAAAACCAAUUUUCCUAAAGGGUUCGAAUUGGAUUCCUGUUCAUGCUUUUCAAGACCAAGUUACCACUGACAUGAUCACGAUCUUGCUCCGGUCUGUACAGAAAGCAAACAUGAAUGCUUUAAGGGUGUGGGGUGGUGGAGUUUAUGAACAAGACAUCUUCUACACUCUGUGUGAUAUGUAUGGAAUAAUGAUAUGGCAGGACUUUAUGUUUGCCUGUGCGUUGUACCCAACAGAGAAGGAAUUUAUACAGACAGUGAGGACGGAGGUCACACAGCAGGUACAACGGCUGAAAUCUCACCCAUCUAUCAUCAUUUGGAGUGGAAACAAUGAGAAUGAAGCUGCCAUAGCAACCAACUGGUUUAACAUAACUGUUGCCGAACGACCACUUUACGUGAAAGAUUAUGUGAAUCUUUAUGUUGACAAUAUCAGAGACAUUGUACUGCAGGAGGAUAGCACUCGUCCUUUUAUAGUAUCCAGUCCAACCAAUGGUAAAGAGUCUGAAAAGGAAGGUUGGGUGGCUCAUGACCCCUAUGACCCCCAGAACGGGGAUACCCACUACUACAACUAUACUAGAGAUUGCUGGAACUGGAAUGAGUUCCCUCGCACACGUUUUGCUUCAGAGUUUGGCUUUCAGUCCUGGCCCUCAUUGUCCACUCUGAGUAAGGUUUCAGUGCCUUCAGACUGGGAUUUCAAAAGCGAUUUCUCAGCUCAUCGGCAGCACCACCAAGAUGGAAAUCAGCAGAUGCUAAAGCAAGCAGAACUACAUUACAUCCUUCCCAACAGCACAGACCCAGUGCAGAGAUACAGAGACACCAUUUACAUCACUCAGGUGAUGCAGGCCCAGUGUGUGAAAAUACAAACAGAAUUCUACCGCCGCAGUCGCAGUACAAUCGUAGAUGGCGAAGGUCAUACAAUGGGUGCCCUUUACUGGCAGCUUAAUGAUAUCUGGCAGGGCCCUUCCUGGUCCUCUGUAGAGUUUGGUGGUAAAUGGAAAAUGCUGCAGUAUUGGGCUUCAGAUUUCUAUGCUCCUGUGCUCUCAGUUGGGGUUGAGAAUAUUGGAGAUAUGCUGAUAUAUACCAUCUCUGAUAGCCAUUCUGGGGAGCACAAAGUCAAAGCACAGGUGGAAUUAUACAGCUGGAGCAGCUUUGAUGCUGUGUGUUCUUUAGAAUCUAACUGGACUACAAUUAAAGAGGGAGAAAGCACUCUGGUGUUUCAGCGGCCUGUUUCUGCUGUAUUGAAAGAAUGUGCGAACUGCACUCGACGCUCCUGCGUUGUCACUUUUCAUCUCCGUAGUCCUAACGGCGAAAUGAUCGGCCCUCAAAAUCACAUGUUCCUCAGCUCUCCACGAUAUGCCGAGGGCUUUCGGAAACCCAACAUCACGUUUACUGUGAAAGAUGCUGAAAUUGUACAAAAUUAUGCUGUGACUCUACACUCCUCUUUUCCUGCUGUAUAUGUUUGGCUGGAUGUUGAUGAUGUUCCUGGGCACUUUAAUAUCAAUGGCUUCUUGAUGUUGUCUCCGAGUCGCACAGUAAUGUUUGGUGCAUGGAGACCCACUACUGUUGAGGAAAUCACUGCCAAGCUUCAUGUCACAUCUCUCAGAGAUGUCUACUGAUUGUAUUUGCGAGAACCUGUCUAAAUGUUGGUCUCUAAACUGUUAAAUAGUUUUUUUAUAUAUUUUUAUACAAAAUGGAUAUAUAUGUCAAACUAUAUAUAUACAGAUGAGUUUUUAUAAGGGCAUAUGUUCGUAAACCCAUGUAAAAACACCAUAUGUUAUGACAAAAUAUAUUAAAACUUCCUUCCGAGA